AUGGCUUUCCACCCAGAAAAGCUGCUUCUUCAUCUUCCCCACCUGAUGAUUACAACUAUUUUCCUCUUUCUCAUAAUCCCCUGCGCAUCUCUGUUAUCAUUCAACUUCACCGAUUUCUCUCAAAUCAACAACGGAACUAUAACAAUGGCAGGAAACGCUACAAUCUCAGAUUCACUCAUCCAACUCACGCCAAAUGCAGUGGACAACUGGGGUCGUGCCACGUAUUCAGAAACCAUGCAUCUCUGGGAAAAGAGUUCAGGAAAAGUCGCCAACUUCACUACCAGCUACUCCUUUAUCAUCUCUUCGGAAGGUGCUGACAGAUAUUCAGAUGGGCUAACCUUCUUCCUCGCAAGCCCCAAUUUCCCUCCACCUUUCCCGACAGAUGGCUCUGGCCUUGGUCUUGUGAGCCGUGACCAAAUGAGAGACUCAAGUUUCUUAGCUUCAAAUAAAUUCGUUUUCGUGGAAUUUGAUACUUACCCAAAUGUUAGAUGGGAUCCGCCGGAGCCAGUUCGUGAGCACGUUGGCAUCAAUAUCAACAACCUGACAUCUCAGAAAUCCACAACAUGGUAUAGCGUUAUUAAGGAGAAUAGAACAUACAGUUGUAGUAUUAGUUACGAUCCCAGCGCUCAAAAUUUCAGUGUCAGCUUCACUGGAUUCAGUAGUAAUGAUCACAUCCCAAUAGAGCAACACCUUUCUUCUAUAGUUGAUUUGAGAGAAUAUUUACCAGAAAGGGUUGAAUUUGGCUUCUCGGCUGGAACAGGAUUGAUUUCCGAGCUGCAUAUUAUUUCCUCGUGGUCUUUUGAAUCGACGGCUCCACUUAUGAUCAUUCAGAAAUCUCCACAACCACAGCCAAACAAGACUGAGAAUGAAAGCAAGGGAGGUUUGAUUGUGGGGUUGAGCGUGGGUGCAUCAGCAUGCCUUUUAAUUAUCGGUUUGGGUUUGUUUUGGCUUAUGAAGAGGAAGAAGAAUCGAGAUAGAGGGGAAGGAGAUCAGGAUUUAGCUUUUGAUCUUUCCAUGGACAAUGAAUUUGAACGCGGUACAGGACCAAAGAAAUUCUCCUACAAAGAAUUGGUUCGCACGACGAAUAACUUCGCAGAGGAAAACAAGCUUGGACAAGGUUGGUUUGGUGGGGUUUACAAAGGAUUUUUAAGAGAAAUGAAUUUGUACGUUGCUAUCAAGAGGGUGUCAAGGGGGUCUAGACAGGGGAUAAAGGAGUAUGCAUCUGAGGUGAAGAGUAUUAGCCGACUGAGGCACAAGAAUCCGGUGCAACUCAUUGGUUGGUGUCAUGAAAACAAAGAUCUCUUACUCAUUUAUGAGUUCAUGUCAAAUGGAAGCUUGGAUUCACAUCUUUUCAAAGGUAAGAGCUUGUUAACAUGGGUGACAAGGUACAACAUUGCUCAAGGUUUGGCAUCGGCAUUGUUGUACUUGCAUGAAGAAUGGGAGCAAUUUGUUCUGCAUAGGGAUAUAAAGUCAAGCAACAUCAUGUUGGAUUCAAGCUUCAACGCAAAGCUUGGGGAUUUCGGUUUAGCGAGAAUGGUUGAACAUGCAAAGGGAUCACAAACCACGGCUUUGGCCGGGACAAUGGGCUAUUUGGCGCCUGAAUGUGUCAUCUCUGGCAGAACUAGCAAGGAGUCAGAUAUAUACAGUUUUGGAAUUGUUACUUUGGAGAUUGCCUGUGGAAGAAAAGCCAUCGAAACCAAGGCUAAAGAAGACGAAAUAAUUUUACUAGAGUGGGUUUGGGAGCUUUAUGGAAGGGGAAAGCUUCUUGAUGCAGCCGACGCCAAAUUGUGUGGAGAGUUUGAUGAGCAGCAAAUGGAACGAUUGAUGAUCGUGGGGCUAUGGUGUGGUCACCCAGAUUACAGUCUCCGGCCUUCGAUAAGAAAAGCCCUCCAUGUGCUUGAUUUUGAAGCUCCAUUACCCAUUGAUCUCGCACCAAAGAUGCCUGUGCCAACCUAUGUUGCCCCUUCAGGCAGGGCAUCUACAUCUACAACUACUACAUCUUCUACAGCAUCUUCUUCCGCUUCCGCACUUCUAUACUCACUGCCGGUUAAUUAAGGGGGUAAGAAUUGCAAAAUUGGUUUCUCGUACCAUAUAUAAUUUAAUUAUGUGAUUCUAAAUUUGUAU